CCUAUCGGGGUACGUGGAGUGAACUCGCGGGUCUGUGAGACCCGAAAAUUGAGAGCUUCUUUGCGCCCCGGCACCUGCACCCGGCGGCUCUGUGGCUGUCACCAUGCCACAAAACGAAUAUAUUGAGUUACACCGGAAACACUAUGGCUAUCGUUUGGAUUACCAUGAGAAAAAGAGAAAGAAGGAAGGUCGAGAGGCUCAUGAACGUUCAAAGAAGGCAAAAAAGAUGAUUGGUCUGAAAGCUAAGCUCUACCAUAAACGGCUCCAUGCUGAGAAAAUACAAAUGAAAAAGCCUAUCAAGAUGCAUGAAAAGAGAAACACCAAGCAAAAGAAUGAUGAAAAGACUCCACAAGGAACAGUACCUGCGUAUCUGCUGGACAGGGAGGGACAGUCCCGAGCUAAAGUACUUUCCAAUAUGAUUAAACAAAAACGAAAAGAGAAAGCAGGAAAAUGGGAAGUCCCUUUGCCCAAAGUUCGUGCCCAGGGAGAAACAGAAGUAUUAAAAGUUAUUCGAACAGGAAAGAGGAAGAAGAAAGCACGGAAGAGGAUGGUUACAAAAGUCUGCUUUGUUGGAGACGGCUUUACUCGAAAACCACCUAAAUAUGAAGGAUUCAUUAGGCCAAUGGGCUUACGUUUCAAAAAGGCCCAUGUAACACAUCCUGAAUUGAAAGCCACCUUUUGCCUGCCAAUACUUGGUGUAAAAAAGAAUCCCUCGUCCCCACUAUAUACGUCUUUGGGUGUUAUUACCAAAGGUACUGUCAUUGAAGUGAACGUGAGUGAGUUGGGCCUUGUGACACAAGGAGGCAAGGUUAUUUGGGGAAAUAUGCCCAGGUUACCAACAAUCCUGAAAACGAUGGAUGCAUAAAUACAGUCUUGCUGGUUUGACAGCACUUUCAGACAAGUAACUCUUGACAAUUCCUGAAGACUACUCACCAGUUAAGAAGACACCAUUUCUGUGGUGGUUCUCCAAAUACUGCCCAACAGCCUUACAUAUCUGCAGCCAUCAAGAGAACUAUUUAUUCUAUUGUAAGAAACAUUAAAAUAG